AUGACACCUCCUGCCUCUGGCACUGCCACUCCCACCGCUAAGUCAUUGACCAAGGCCGGCAUUGCACACAACCUUGAAGCCAACGCACAAACCGCACAACUCGAUGCCUCGAAAUUGAAGAUCUCUCUGACCAGUGCACCGAGAGAUCCCCCUGCCGCUGGCAGCGAGGAGCUCAAGAGGAUGCGUACCUGUACGGACCACAUGGUGACCGCUCGUUGGACUCUUGAGAAUGGAUGGGAGGCUCCGGAACUCAAGGCUUAUGGUCCCUUGAGCAUCAUGCCUACUGCUUCCGUUCUUCACUACGCUACUGAAUGCUUUGAAGGCGCCAAGCUGUAUCACGGAGAGGAUGGUAAGUUGCGUUUGUUCCGUAUUCGUCGCAACUGCGAGCGUCUGCGCAGAAGUGCUGCCCGCAUCUCUCUCCCGGACUUCCCUGCUGAGCAAUUGGAGAUUCUCAUCAAGAAGCUUUGCGCUACUGACGGCCCCAAGUGGCUGCCCAACAAGGGCGGGUUCCUCUACUUGCGCCCUACUUUCAUCGGCACAGACCCUGGUCUUGGUGUUCAGGUCCCUAAGGAGGCCCUGCUCUACGUGAUCAUUGCCGUCUUCCCCGAUUGGUCAGAUCCUCGCAACUUGCCUGCCCCUUCUGCUGUCAACCCCGAUCUCAGCGAGGCUGUCACCAAGGCACAGGGUCUCAAGCUUCUUGCAAGCAAGGAAGACUCCAUCCGCGCAUGGCCUGGUGGUUUCGGUUACGCAAAGCUCGGUGCCAAUUACGGUCCUUCUCUCGUUGGACAAGGCGAGGCUCGCGCUCGUGGCUACGAUCAGAUCCUGUGGCUGUUCGGCAACAACGCCAGCAUCACCGAGGCUGGCGCCAGUAACUUCUUCGUCGUGUGGAAGACCAAGGAGGGUCAGCAGCAGCUUAUCACCGCACCUCUCGAAGACAACCUGAUCCUCGAGGGUGUCACUCGCGCCAGUGUCCUCCAAAUUGCACAGGAGCGUCUCUCCGCCGAGAACGCAUCCAAGUACGGCGCCGAGAGUCUCGAGGUCAUCGAGCGCAAGUUCACCAUGCAGGAGAUCCUUGACGCCUACGAGGAUGGCCGUCUCGUCGAGGCCUUCGCAGCUGGCACUGCCUUCUUCGUCGCACCCGUCGGUCUCAUCGGCUGGAAGCAGCAUGAGCUCGAGAUCCCUCUUGCCGAAGGCAAGACCGGUGUCUACGCCAAACUCGUCCGUGGCUGGCUUUCAGACAUCAUGUACGGCAAGGAGCAGCACGAGUGGGGUGUCAUCGUCGACGAGGCUUAG